AUGGAGAAAAGACCAACAGCCUUCUUUUACACACAUGGUGUCUUCUUUGUGUGGUUAUGUUUAGCUGCUUCUGCUUCUUGUGAUGAGCUCACAUUGAGUUUCUACUCAGCUUCAUGCCCUUCUGCUGAGCUCAUGGUCAGAAACACAGUCAGAUCAGCUUCUGACAUGGACCCUACCGUCCCUGGGAAGCUCCUUCGCUUGCUCUUCCAUGAUUGCUUUGUGGAGGGUUGUGAUGCAUCUGUGCUUUUACAAGGAACUGGGACUGAGAGAAGUGAUCCAGCAAACACAUCUCUGGGAGGCUUUUCAGUGAUUGAUUCAGCAAAAAGACUGCUUGAAAUUUUCUGUCCAGGAACUGUUUCUUGUGCUGACAUUGUUGCUUUGGCUGCUAGAGAUGCUGUUGAAGUUGCUGGGGGACCUGUAGUUCAGAUUCCAACUGGUAGGAGAGAUGGAAAGGUUUCUGCAGCUUCAAAUGUCAGGCCUAAUAUUGUAGACACAAGUUUUACAAUGGAUGAGAUGAUUAAGCUCUUCUCAUCUAAGGGGUUGUCUUUGGAUGACCUUGUCACCCUAUCAGGAGCUCACACUAUUGGAUCAGCUCAUUGUGGUGCAUUCAGUGACAGGUUCCAACAAGACUCCAAAGGGAAACUCAAACUCAUUGACACAUCCUUAGACAAUGCUUAUGCAGGGGAGCUCAUGAGACAGUGCCCUGCGGGAGCAAAUCCAUCUACGACAGUCAAAAUUGAUCCUAACACUUCGUUUGCAUUCGAUAAUCAAUACUUCCAAAAUCUCAUAGCCCACAGAGGGCUAUUUCAAUCGGAUUCCGUCCUGUUAAGCGAUGACAGAACAAGGAAGCUAGUGGAGAGUUUAGCACAGGACCAAGUUAUUUUCUUUGAGAGUUGGGCUCAGUCAUUCUUGAAGCUUGCUAGCAUUGGCGUCAAGACUGGUGAAGAAGGCGAAAUUCGAGCCUCUUGUCCAACAACUAAUGCAUAA